GACUUUCCAGUUCCUUAGCAGUUUUAAGGUGAGGGGGAAGCAAGCUGAACAUUUGUGCUAGACAAACAACUGAACUACAAGACAGAAAAGAGUUUGAGGUGCUGAAAAGAUGUUGAGACGGACUCUAUCUCGUAUUUCUUGAGAGAGGGAUGAGAGGAGCGUGGAUCAACCAGAGGCGAAAGACAUUUAUGGCUCAACUGUUCACAACUUCUGCUUUAAGCCAUCUGGAAUGACUCGCUUUUUACAAGUCGCGUGAAUAACUUUUAACAAACCAAACCUCAGAGAACAAGUUGGUCCGGGAUGCCAGACAAUAUCGCUUUUCUGACGAACAGCACAGAUUUGGGGCACGUCGGUCGCGCGUUGGGUUCGAGCGCGCGCCCCGCCUGGGCAAUAGCGGUGCUGGCCAGCGUGCUGAUCUUCACCACUGUGGUGGAUAUUUUGGGUAACCUGUUAGUCAUAAUUUCGGUGUUCAGGAAUCGGAAACUGAGAAAUGCUGGCAACGUGUUUGUUGUCAGUUUGGCCUUCGCUGACCUGGUGGUGGCUUUCUAUCCCUACCCGCUGGUCUUGUACGCGAUCUUCCAUGACGGCUGGUCUCUGGGGCAAACCCAGUGUAAAGUCAGCGGAUUCCUAAUGGGCCUGAGUGUGAUCGGCUCGGUUUUCAACAUCACUGGCAUCGCCAUCAACCGUUACUGCUACAUCUGUCACAGUUUUGCCUACGGACGUCUCUACAGCUUCCGUAACACGCUGCUGUUAGUGGCCUUGAUCUGGGCGCUCACUGUGCUCGCCAUUCUUCCCAACUUCUCCGUGGGUUCGCUGAGUUAUGACCCUCGCGUUUACUCCUGCACCUUCACACAGACUGCCAGCAGCUCGUACACUGUGGUGGUGGUGGUGGUUCACUUUCUGGUGCCCAUCGCGGUGGUGACCUUCUGCUACCUGAGGAUUUGGGUUCUGGUGAUACAGGUGAGGAGGAAGGUGAAGAGCGAGGAACGCUCAAGGGUGAGACCCAGCGACCUGCGCAACUUCGUCACCAUGUUCGUGGUGUUCGUUUUAUUUGCAAUCUGCUGGGCUCCACUCAAUCUAAUCGGUCUCGUGGUGGCCAUCGAUCCAGAGCUCAUGGCUCCACAUAUUCCAGAGUGGCUCUUUGUGGUCAGCUACUUUAUGGCCUAUUUCAACAGUUGCCUCAACGCCAUCAUUUAUGGACUCCUCAAUCAGAACUUCCGAAAGGAGUAUGUGCGGAUCAUGACAUCGGUGUGGAUUCCUCGGAGGUUUGUGACUGAGACCUCCAGGGCUGCCACAGAUGGGAUGAGGAGCAAACCCUCACCAGCCAUCAAUAACAAUGAGUGACUUUUGUUUUCAGCCAAUCACUGUUCAGAAGGAAACGUCAUGGAUGCAUGAAGCAAAUUUAUAUGUUUUGAACUGUGAACACUUGACUUUUUUAAUGUUACAAAACCAUUAUGUACAACUCAGGGUGCUUGUUUUAUUUUCAACCUUGGCUCAUUGGAAAUUUGUGAGUGCCUAAAUUUCUGGAAAAACUUAAAACAUGUUGCUUUGGGUACAUUUUACUGAAUUGUUCAGGUGACACGUCUACAAGCAGCGCUAUAACCAUUUCAUUUUUUUCUCCAUUGGAGAUGCAGGUUUAUUAAACAGUACAGCACCAUGAAAAUGACAUUCCUGUGGGUACGAAAUAAUUGCAAAAUGAUAUUGCAUUGCUUGUAGCAUGUCUUACAGCAGUUUCAAAAUAAAAUAUUCUGUCUAGCAAGUUUAAUUUUCUCUGAAACAGCUGAACAUGAAUGAGCUAAUGCUUUAUUACAUUGUUUGUAACAUGGCAAUUUAGAAAUGAAAUGUCGGGUGAGUGGCGCAAAAAUGCUCCAUUGCAUUUGAAAUGAAUGUACCACCUACGCUAAACCCUACCGAUAAUGUUAAGAAAGGCAAAUGUGAGAAAAACACAUUUGCUGAAGCAACCAUGCCAUUUUAGCUUCAAAGCUUUGAGCUCUUUUGUGGAGUGUCAUGACUUGUGUUUUACAGGACUUGUACCCGAAUACUCUGCAUCGCAAAUGCAAUGCUGUACCAGGUGAGCUACCGAGCAAGUUUACUAUGUCAGAAAAGCUAUUCAAAUGGAGCAAAUUAUGUGAUGCAAAUGUUAAAACAUAUUAGUUUGCAAAUCAUGCCGUAUGAUAAAAGUGUUUUGAGGCCAUUGCAUAGUAUUGUAGAAGGAACCGUUUAAAAACAAGCCUUUUAUUCAUCAAUAAUCUGCCCCAUAAUCAUAAUUUGUGUGAAAAGAAAAGAAAGUUAUUGUUUUACUGUCUCUAGUGUUCAUUUCACCUGGAAACUGCAGUGAAUUGUGUUAUGUAUAGAUGAGUUUAUGCAGUAUGUAGAAAUGUAGGCAGUUACAUAUUUCCAGCGAGCCUUGGUUGUU